AUGGACCACCUAUACAAAGAAUGGAAGGAAAGCUCCGAAAGGGUCUCUGAUGAGGAGCUCCCUUCGGAAGAAGCUGGACUGAUCGACGACAAGGUCUCUGUCAAGCGUACCAGGCAGCCGCUACGCAUUCACCCACGGCUGCUGUUCGAGGCAUGCCUGGGAGGAAUCAUCCUGAUCUUCAUCCUCGUCUUUGCUGCCCAAUCCUCGGCCCCUAGAAGGGGCCUUCCACGAUUCGGACCGUCACUCCCUGAAAAGGUCAUCACCUUUGGCAACACGGCCGGCAUUGGACCCGAUUUGGUCUAUGCCGACCAUGAAAUGCUAUGGAAUGCCACCCGGAACCGUGAACUGCAUGAGAACUGGCAGGCUUUAUAUCCAAAGGGACGGGGGUACAUCGUGGCACACGACGGGGAUGAUUUCGAACACGCCAACCCUCCUUUUGCCAUUGACGGCUACUUGAGUCCUGAUGAUCAUUAUGAGGGCUACAUUCUCUCAGUCUUUCACCAGCUACACUGUCUAUCGAUUUUAAUGUCCCGGCUGGGCACCUCGCAUGAGGAAUUCGCCACACACACCCCCGAACAACUCGAACAUGUCUCCCAUUGCGUGGAAUACCUGCGCCAGGCCAUCCUCUGCUCGGCCGACACUUCCCUCGAGGGCGAGGCGGGCGCCUGGGCUGUCAGCACUGCCUGGGGCCAGAAGCACACAUGCAAGGACUAUGACGCCCUGAUCGAAGUGGCCAACGAGCGAGCCAUGUGGGAUCUCUCGCAUUCCCGGCAUCCGGACCUGACCAAGCUCAAGCCGGAUCCAAAAGAAGUCGAGGGUAAAUACGGCGGGCAUUAA